AAUCGUUGAGAAUACAGAGGCAUACAUUCACGUACGUGCAAUCCCCCAUUGUUGUAUUGCACUGGUAUUAUUGGUUAUAUACAGAGCCAAUAUAUCUACCAAUAUCUACAUACCAACCAAGUACACAACAUCAUCGUCGUUUAAACAAUAAAAAACUGGAGUUGGUGGUGUGAAGGUAAAUAGAGUGAUUGACAUGUGGUGUUAAAUAAAUUCACCUGAGAAUGUUGAUGCAGAGAUAAUCAUUGAUCAAUACAUCGUCAAUGUUUACAAGUUGGCCUUGUCACUGAAAGCUGGUGAAUCAGGGAGAAAUUAUCAAUGAAGUUGGAUGAUGAGGAUACGUAGAUUCAACGAGGACUGAGGUUUUAUUAUGCGAUGGGGUGGAUAGAAAUAACGUCUAUAUGGUUCGUCAUGUGGACGUGCCUGAUGUGGGGACUUGAACUUGUACCCCAGGUCACACCAAAACAAGUACCCUGUGAUAAAACGAGGAAAGUAUUUACUGACACCUGGGGAAUGAUCAGUGAUGGACCCAUGGGAUCUAAUUACACUCAGGAUUCUCAUUGUGAAUGGCUGAUCAAAGCAAACAACAGCCAACAAUUCAUAACUCUGAGCUUCAGAACGAUGGGAACAGAAUGCAGCUAUGAUUAUGUAUUUGUUUACGAUGGAGACUCGUUUCGUUCACCACUGCUGGGUAGUUUCAGUGGUAAAACUGAACCGCAACAAGUUACCUCCUCAUCUGGUUACAUGUUGAUAUUAUUGUAUAGUGAUACCAAUUACGUUCUCGAUGGUUUUCAUGCUGAAUUUUCAGUGACUGAUUGCCCCAAUAAUUGCACCAGGCAUGGAAAGUGCAUCAACAAUACGUGCGUUUGUGAGAAUGAUUGGGGUGGAAAAGAUUGCUCAAGGGCUCUCUGUCCAAAUAAUUGCGGUCAGGGUGGUACCUGUGGAAUAAAGAGAUGCCAGUGCAGGAAAGGUUUCUCGGGACAAUCCUGUUCGCUUCAUUCUCUUCAUCCUGAGGGCAAUAAGUGGCACUGGUUAUCGCACUCCGAAGGAGGCAUGACACCUCGAGCAGCUCAUUCAGCCGUUUAUGACAGUGAAACUGAUUCUCUCUAUGUAUUUGGAGGAUAUGAUCUCAAUUAUGUUCUUGGGGACUUGGAAGUUUACAGAUUUAAUACAAGUCAGUGGGAAGAUGAGCAUGGGACAGUAUUAGAAGGUGCAUCUGCUGCUGAAUCUCUAGAUCCAAUGCUGAUCGCCAGUGAGCUAGAGCGAGGUACCGAGGAGAAAUACGGUCUCUCGUCGUCGUCCUUCGUCUGGAAGUUGCUCUACAACAUAAAAGGUAACGGUACGCUGAGUCUUCGUGAUCGGGCAACGAUAGACACCAGCCAACACGGUUGGCGUGAGCUACGAAAUACCCCAGAGCACCGUAAAGCCCAGGAAGCCCGUGAAUCUGAGAAAAAUCGUCGAAGACACUCUCGUCUCAUCAGAUCCCUCCUCAGAGCCCCCAGAGACACCGACGAUCUCCACUUCUUCAUCGAGAAAACCUCAACGCAAUCAGAAUUCGUCCAACAGAUAAUCGACACAAACUCAACCACCGAAACCAUCUUCACUGAAUCCAUCAGCUCCAUCAAUUCCAGCACCAACGAGACACUCAAGCCAAGCCCCAGGUAUGGCCAUGCAGCCUGUAGAUAUGCCGACGGAUUCGUCAUCUACGGGGGCAAAUUGGCGGACGGCUCCCUGUCAAAUGAACUCUGGCAUUACAAUGUAAACACAAAAAUCUGGACUCUUCGUGCCAAAUACUCAGACUAUUAUCCUCCACAUCUCACCAGGCACACCCUGACCCUUGCCGAGGAUCGAGUUUACGUGUUUGGAGGUAGCACAGUUGAUGGAGAAUUUUCCUCAAGUCUCUUCAGCAUUAAACUCGACUUAACGGAUUCAUCUUCAUCCUCUGAAAAAUGGAGGAGAGUCCGCCCCAGAGGAGGGAAGGAGCUGGACGUCAGAGUUGUUGCUCACUGCACAGUCUAUCACAAAGCAACAAAUUCACUUCUUGUCUAUGGAGGAGUUGUUGCCAGUGUUGCAAGAUUCAGCAAACUCUCAGAUCGAAUGUUUGUGUUCCAGCUGGAUCGCAAGGUCUGGUCUGAGAUUCAUUACCCCAGGGAGCAUCUUCCGGACAUCUAUGUACCACGAGAAAGGGCUUUUCACACCUGCAACAUCAUUGGAAAUUAUUUAGUUGUCUUUGGAGGAUAUUCCCAUCGACACAAUAAAGAGGAGAUCUGCUACGACAAUCAAAUGUAUCUUUAUAAUUUAGGGUGUCAUGUAUGGGUGAGUCAUGAGGUCCUUGGAGUAAGUGAUAAAGAUUCUGGAUAUCCCAAGCAGCAGGGGGUAUUUGCUCAUGCUGCUGAUGCCAGAAAUGGAAAUACACUUCUUCUGGUUGGAGGAUACCAUGGAAAUGUCAAUGCUGAUCUUCUUGCUUAUACUCUGCCUCCAAUGCUAGCACCUGGGGAUGGAGAUUACGUAGAGCCUGAGCAGCUCUGUCCAAAGCACAAGAGCUUUACCGAGUGCUCAGCUAAUCCGGAAUGUGGCUGGUGUUCAGCUGAUGAAAUUUGUUAUGGCAGAACAAUUGGAAGUAACUGCACCACCAAUUUGCAGACCUCUAGGUGUCCCGGUGUGUGUCCUGUCCUGGGGGACUGUCACUCGUGUCUACUUCAUGGACAACCUGGUGGAGGAUGGGGUACCAACUCCAAGGGAAAGACCUCCAUCUCGAAUAAACUCAAUCUUGGAACGUGCACUUGGUGUGUGCAGAAUGCUCGAUGUCACCAUAAGAAUGAUAAUUAUGGGGUUUGUGGCUCCAGGGAUGACACCUUGUCGAGAAUUCCUGCGUGGUGGGGAAGCAAGGGAACUGAGAUAACGAGAGUUGAAGAGUGCAGAGAGAUGGAUAAGAGGCCUGGAUUGACAUUUCUCAAGUACAAACCACCUGUUAAUUUUACCCAGCCUGAUUCUGUCACCAUUGUCAAUGCUACGACUAUUGAUUUUAAUGUGCCAUCGAUGCAAGGGGCCAAGACAGAGUCUGCACUUGGGGGUGAGAUGAUAGCAAGACUCACUGGAUUCCUCAGACCACCCCAGGAGUACUGGGUGAGUUCAGCUGAGCAUUUGAAGAUCUGUGUGAGUUACAACAGUGCAACUCUCCGAGUAUCUCGUCAUAAUAGCUCGAGUGAUCUUGAACUCGUAGCUAAUUUAACAGCUGAGACAUCACAGUGCAUCUCAACCAAGUGGCCUGAUGGAAGUUAUAUGAAUCUUGAGCCCGGCAGGUAUCUCCUGGACUUUGAAUCAAAACGAAUGGUAACAGCGAAUUACGCCUAUCCCUCAAAAAUGGAGAUAACUCACAACAGAAGUGGUGAUAAUCCAAAAGUCUUCACCUUCGAGUACCUAGAGCCCUACCAGAACGGUUCCUGCGAGCAGUACAGAAAUUGCCUCCACUGCUUAACAGAUUCAUCCUGUGGCUGGUGUGAUGUCAGCAACAGCUGUCUCUCGAGGGCAUCCAACGAGACCGAGAGCUGUUCAAUAACGAUCGAUUACGACGACGAGGGAAAUCCCAUAAACGAGUGGCACUAUCUCACCAUCAAUCCCUCCUCCUGCGCCAAUUGCUCCAACUACAUCUCCUGCGAGUCUUGCGUAUCCACUAAUCUCUGCGAGUGGUGGACAGAGGAGGCAAGAUGUGCUAGACUGGGAAGACUUCCAAACAGUGUUGUUAGCCUUGAAGAAUGUCCCAUCCCCUGCAGACAAAGAUCGAAUUGCACGCAAUGCCUGGAUGAUCGAGGAAGAUGUGUCUGGUGUGAAGCCACUCAAGAGUGCUUUUCCUUCUCUGUCUACACAUCAGAGUAUCAAUUCGGUCUCUGCCGAGAGUGGAUGGACCAAGCAGGACUGAUGGGUGUCACCUCGCGAUCUGGAUCAUCCCUCACUGGCAAUGACCAGUGCAAAUCGUGCAAUCGUCACUCAAACUGCACAAGUUGUCUUCACUCCCUCAGCUGUGGCUGGUGUUAUUCCCUGGAUAAUCCAAUCACUGGUGUCUGCGUUCAGGGGGAUUUCAACCGAGCCCAUGUUAAUUGCAGUUUAAUAAUAAACGAGAAUCAAAUGGAUCACUUGAAUGAGACAUUAACCGAGGAGCAAGUGGGCUGGGCUUAUGCCCAAUGUCCUGACGUCGACGAGUGCGACCUGGGGCUCCACGAUUGUCAUAAAGACGCCCAGUGCACCAACACCCAUGGUAGCUACAGUUGUCAAUGCAAGAGAGGAUUUCAUGGCGAUGGAAAAGAAAACUGCACAAAAACCUGUUAUGAGAAAUGUGUAAAUGGUAACUGUAGUGAAGCACCUGAUUACAAAUGUGAGUGCAAUCUUGGGUGGACUGGGCCUGACUGCAGGACCAAUUGUGGCUGCUAUAAUCAUUCGACGUGUAUCAACAGCGUUGGUGUCUGUGAUGAGUGCCAGGACUGGACGACAGGUCAGUACUGCGAGGAGUGCAAAGCUGGGAGUUAUGGUAAUGCCACGAGCCCCUUGGGCUGCAGAAAGUGCAAUUGCAAUGAGCACGGUGAUAAGGAUCUUGAUUACUGUGACAGACAGACAGGUAGAUGCUUCUGCAGGGAUAACACCAAGGGUGAGACCUGUGGAAAGUGCAGGAGGGGAUAUUAUGGUGAUCCCAGGGAUGGGGGCAUGUGCUAUUAUGGGUGUAUGUCUAGGGGAAUGCUCAGUGGUGAAGGCAGUGGACAACAGGGACUUGGCAGCAGACAUUCUCAGUUGUCAUUGUGGGAGAGCCAUCUGGGUGGCAGCCCAACCAGGGAAUGUCUCUGGAUUGUCAGCCCCAAGAGCGGAUUCUCAUCUGCUAAUCCACCAACUUCUUCGUUGACUACUCAGAGUGUCAUUCAGUUCAGUAUUCAUGAUGAUAUCAAUGUCAGCUGUCAGGAGAACAGUGUUUAUGUUUAUGAUGGAUUACCUGAUUUCGUGUCCUCAACGAGCAGUCAUCAGAGUCAAUUGCUUGGAGUCUAUUGCACUGAGAGCACUGAUUAUCCAGUUACAGUUGAAGCAAAGUCUGGAAUUUUAACUGUUCAUUAUAAACAGCUGGAUGAGGUUGAGGGAUUCAAUGCUAGUUACGUUGCUAUGACAUGUGGUGACAAUUGCCCUUCCAAUCGAGAGUGUCGAGGGGGUAAUUGUCUCUGCAGAAUUGGCUUUGUCGGGAUAAACUGUGACAUUGAACUCUGUCCAAAUAACUGUACGUCCACCAAGAAACAGGGAGUCUGUGACAAGAGUUAUGGACACUGUGUGUGCUCACCAGGAUUUGGAGGUCGUGACUGUGCGAUUAAAAUCAAGGAUCACCAGCUGGUAUUCACAGAACUCUUCAACUCUGAGUAUCUCGCUGAUCAUCUGGAUCACUUACGUAAAACACUUCCUCGUUUUGGUCACAGUUUAGUUGCAGACAGGAGAGGAAGUCUCUGGAUGUUUGGAGGAUAUUCCCUGAGUCAUGGGCCCCUCAACGACAUCCGAUUAUUUGAUACUAAAAAUAAUACCUGGAUGCCAGUGACUGUAGAGUCAACUUCUGAGGCUUCAAUGCCCCAGGGUAGAUACUUCCAUGCAGCUGAGAUCGUACACAGCCGUCAGCAGAUCUUCAUCUAUGGGGGACUGACGAUGAAGGAAGAGGGUAUUCAGGGACUGUCCAACAAUACCUUGAGUGACUUCUGGAAAUUUUCCCUUCAGAAUCAGAGGUGGAGUUUAGUGAAACAAGAUACAAUCCUGAAGGAUGAGCCUCCACCCCUGGCAGGGCACACCCUGACCCUCAGAAGAAAUGGUGAAUCAGAGAGUUUGAUAUUAAUCGGAGGAUUUAGCCCCAAGUACGGAUACCUGGAUAAAGUCUGGGAGUUCAAUCUGGAGACUGAGAUAUGGGAGAGUGUGAAGACCCUGGGGAAUGGUCCCCUCGGUGUUUACGGACACACUACAGUCUAUCACACAAAAUCAGACAGUCUUUAUGUAUUCGGUGGCUACACGUAUGCUGUCAAUCGUACGUUCAUCUCGAAUAAACUGUACGCCUUGAAUUACAAAUCGAGAAUGUGGUCGAUUCUUCCGCCCUUUGAUGAUGACUCAAACGAUGGAAGUUCUCUACCACAGGCGAGAUUUCUACACUCAGCAGUGACAACUGACGAGUACAUGGUGAUUUUUGGUGGUCGACAGAAUCCCCACAACACCAGUGACACCUUGAUUGCGUACAAGUACGCGUGCAAUCUCUGGAUUAGACUGAUAACCAAGGACACGGAAAUCAUUGGAACACCUCCACCACCUGCUUACGCACACGCAAUGACUCAUGCAGAUCCAGAAUUAAAUCUUCUGUACGUCGUUGGUGGAUUUGACGGGGGGAUAAAGAGCCACGUCACCCAGAUCAGCAUUCCUGAGGAUCUCUGCAGUCUCUGGACUGAUAAGAACACUUGCAGAAAGUACUUCGGCUGCUCAUUCUGCGCUGUAACUAUGAUUGAUGGAAAGAACGCGUCUUACUGCUUCUCAAAUCAAUUAUUUGGGAAUCAAGAUGAUAAGUGUGACAUCAAUGUCACUCAGGCUCAAAGAUCCAACGGGAUAUUCUGCAAUUCCGAGUGGAUGGCGAACAGAAAGUGUCAGUCAUUGAAGAGCUGUUCAGAGUGUCUUGCACAGUGGCCAUACUACAAGGAUGAGGAUCAAGUGUGCAAGUGGUGUAUGAAUUGCCCAGUGGGUAAGUGCAUACCAGUGACGAAGGACUGCAAUGAAUCGAAUAAAUGUAACAGUCUUCCAACAUCUGUGACAAACGUGGGACAGUGUGGGGAGAGCCAGUGUCCAGCUAGUGACUGUGAUAAAUGUAAUAAUUUGGGUGAUGACUGCGUUUGGACGAGACAGAUAUUGAAAACUCCAGGUUCAGGAUGGAAGCAGACAGCUGAGCCUAUCUUCGACUGGAAUUGUGUUUCCAAGAGUCUCGUUGAGAGAUCUAACAUCAAAAUGACGAGUGGUGAAUGUGAGAAACGAUGCAGUGAUCAUAAAGACUGCAGGAGUUGUUUGAAAGGUACGGGAUCAGAGGGUGGUUGGCACGAGUGUCGAUGGUCCACUCAAAUGAACGAGUGCAUUUCACCCUCGUAUCAGCCCCUGUACUGCGCUGGAGGUGUCUGUGGACUUGUCCUCAAAAACACUGACGUUGAACACUGCCCUGAGCCCUGUUCCGUCUUCAAACAAUGCAGCACAUGUCUGAAGCACUCGCACUGCGGCUGGUGCUCUCUGGAUUCAGCGAAUAUCACUGGUCAAGGAAUAUGCACAGAGGGAUCUCUAGAGGCACCAACUGAUCAUCCAGCUGGUGGAACUUGUCAAAUGAUCUACAAUCAGAUGAAACCACCGACUCCACCUCCAGCCACAACAUCACUUCCUCUUAUCUCGAAUGAUACAGAUUCACACGAAUCAUCUUCAACGAAUGACAGCGCGAUUUAUGUAAUCAGAAAACCUGAAGUCUUCUCCUGGCAUUACGUUAGGUGUCCACCAGAGGACGAAUGCAUAAACGGUCAUCACACGUGCUCUCCAAAGAGCGAAAAGUGCUUUGACCUUGAGGAGGGAUUCGAGUGCAUGUGCGGUGAUGGAUACAAGAACGAGACUGCCCUAGCAUUCAAUGAUUUUGGGAGAAAGACUUGUGUGCCAAUGUGCACUCAGGGAUGUGUCAGGGGUACAUGUGUAGAACCCAAUGUUUGUCGAUGUGAUUUCGGUUACGUUGGUGCCAAUUGUUCUAUUCAGUGUCAGUGCAACGGACACAGCAAUUGCGCUGGUCCUGACAAACUCGAUGAAUGUCUGGAGUGUCACAACAACACAAUGGGCCCACAGUGCGACAAAUGUCAACCACUCUACGUAGGUAAUCCCGCUGACAACGGACAGUGUGUUCCCUGUCUUGAUUACUGCAAUGGACACACCAGAAUCUGCAUAAACGAGAGCAUGACUGUGUCUGAUCCAAACUCUGUGGAUCGAAUGUCAAUUGAAUUGUUGACUAAACAACUCGUGGAAGGACCAGUGUCCAAAGCCAAAUGCGUUAACUGUGGUAAUAACACGAGGGGUGAUAAAUGCGGUGAGUGUGUGCCAGGAUAUUUUCGAGGUACUGAAGAUCUUAGAGAUGUCUGUCGUCAGUGUGAAUGUCAUGGGCAUGGUUUCACGUGUGAUCCAGUCACUGGGGAGAAAUGCAAUUGUGGUAAUAACACUGAGAGCGAGCCCUCCUGCACCCCGGGUCCAAGCAAAGGUACCAAUGUCCAGGGGACACCCUGUUGGAAAGCCCAGUGCAGCAAGUGCAGAGAGAAUUAUGCUGGUACACCCACUGGUGGACACCAGUGCUACAAAACUGUUACUGUUGACAACAAGAUGUGUUUUGACUCGAAGCUCAUUGACGAGUGCAAGAUGAAACCCAAACCCCUCAAUCCAGGACAGACUGUCUUCUACAUGGUUCAGCCUCGAUUCAUGAAUGUUGAUAUUAGAGUGAUGGUGGAUGUGACUCAAGGAGCUCUCGAUCUCUUCCUGUCACCCAGGGAUGACUCAUUCGUUGUUAAUUUGAAUUCGUCGACUGGCUAUCAGGAGGUGGGACUCGAUGAGAGAUUCAAGUGGAGAAAGGAUCAUUAUGAUAAUUGGUUUGAUGAUCAUCUGCUGCAUCGAGUGAGGAUUGUUGAGUUUCUUCCUAAUGAGAGCAUUCCUGAGAUGAAAUGGAACACUGGACCACAGUAUGUCGUGAUGGAGAGAUAUGCUGAGGGAUUGGCAACAUUUAUCACGAUCGAGCAGAAGGACACUUUUCUCGUUGUGAGGAAUCUCACCAACAGAUUGGUACUGACUCUGCCGCAGGACAGACACGAAUUGGGGCAGACCAAGUUCCAUAUUGCACUGAGGGCCAUUGACACUCCAUACCCUGAGAUUAAUGGACGCGCUGCCUAUGGGAUGAUCUUCUUCAGGCAGGAUCAACUCCAUAUUGAUUUGUUUGUCUUCUUCUCGGUGUUCUUCUCCUGUUUCUUUCUGUUUCUCGCUGCCUGCGUUGUUGCCUGGAAGACUAAACAAGCUGCUGAUGUCAGGAGGGCCAGGAGGAGGCACGUCGUGGAGAUGCUUCAUAUGGCUAAGAGACCUUUUGCAUCGGCUACUAUUCUUUAUGAUCGAGAUGGCAAUGAGUUCAGCACUAAUUCUCCGCAGAGGAAGGGACGGAGGAAUAAACUCGUUAAUUUUCAUAGUGAUGUCAGACCUGUAGCUGUUGAACCCACUGAUGAUGGAAUCGCUGCUGUUGCUACUGUUUUUAUUAGGCUUCCUGGGGGACCCCAUGCUCCUGUUAAAUUGGCACUCGCUAGCUCGUUGAUUCUCUUGACGAGGGUCUAUCCUGUUAAUAGUCGCGUCUUCUUGAGGCGAAGGAAUAGUCAUGCUGUUAAUUAAUUUGGAAAAGUCUUUUGAGAUCUAGUGAGGUGAGAUUUUUUUUCUUUUUGAUACUUUUGGCUGAAAAUUCUGAGAAUAAAUUUAUUUUGAAAUACUAUAUUCUUUCUUGGGGGAAGUACGAUCGGAAUAUACCUUUUUUUGAAACUGCUUUCAGGUCGAUUGAAUUUAUUUUCGGGGAUUGUAAUUAGAUUUUAAUUGUAACAAUCAUGUGGCUCGAGGAAACUCAAUGAUUAUUCGAUUUUUAUAUUUUCCCAUUUUCCUGGGACAUGAAUUUCUUUAAGUUUUUUUAUCUUUAAUAAUUAUUGAGUUUCAUGAAGUCAUAAUUGUUUUAAUUGAUAUCUAAUCGGGAUGUCCUGAAAAUUUUCUGAGGAAUAUACAAUUCAAAGACUAAGACAAAGUAUUAAACAAAUUAUUAUUAUUAUUUCCUCUAAGUGAAUGGAUAUUUGUAAAUGGAUAUAUUUUUUUUUCUCUGCAGAUUUCCUGGUGGGGCAGGGAACAUUUUUUAAUUUAAUUAACUGAAAUAUAUGUAUUUUUGAUAAAAACAUUGAUUAAUUAGUAAUUAAUGAUCACCAAUUUUCUAGAUUUUCGACGAACAAGAUAAUAAGACAAAAUUUUAUUUCAAUUGAUUAAUUCUCUCUAGUGAAAAUUAUGAAUUUUUCAUUUAAGGUGGUUGUCGCGCGACAGUCUCUGUAAAAAGUUUAUCC